GUCGGCGCUAAGGAAGACCCCACAAACAGUGUUGUUUUCGGUUGCACACCGACCACAUCGAGGAUUUGCAUAUAAAUAUCCACUUGCACGUAAUGACACUUCCAGUUGGGGAAUAGUUUUAAAGGGUGGAUCACUUCCACACUAGCCCGAUCGGAGGGACUCUUCAAGCACUAAAGUGAUAAUUGUACUGUUUGAUAAUUUUAAGAAGAAUUGUUAAGUGCUAGAUAAAGAUGAAAUCUAUAAUUAUAAUAAGUGUAUUGUUGGUGGUGUGUGCCUAUGGCGCUCCUCAAAUACCAGAAACGGAACCGAUCCCCAUUAUUCGACAGGAGCAAGAGGUGAACCCCGACGGCACGUAUCGAUGGAACUAUGAAACCGGGAAUGGUAUCACGGCAGAAGAGCAAGGUUUUUUGAAGAAUGCCGGUUCAGAGCAGGAGGCACAGGUCGCACAAGGCGAGUACUCCUACACGGCUCCGGACGGCCAGCUGAUCAGGGUGCAGUACAUAGCCGAUGAAAAUGGCUUCCAACCGAUUGGGGAUCAUCUGCCAACGCCACCACCGAUUCCACCGGCGAUCCAGAGGGCACUGGAAUACCUGGCCAGUCAACCACCAAGCGAUUCGCGAAGGUUCUAGUUUUAAGCGUGAUGCCAUUUCUCCAUUAUUUUUAUUUGUUCCAAAAACUCAUUUUUGAUAUUAUUUGAGCAUUUGAUUUUGAAGAAAAAAAAUAUGUGUUCUUAAUUUGUGAAUAAAAUGUGUGA